AAAUCAAGUACAGGAAAUGUUUGAUCAUGCCUAUAGUAAUUACAUGGAACAUGCUUACCCAGCUGAUGAGCUCAUGCCUUUAACUUGCCGUGGAAGAAUUCGGGGUCAAGAACCAAGUCGUGGAGAUGUGGAUGAUGCCUUGGGAAAGUUUUCACUGACGCUAAUAGAUUCUUUGGACACUCUUGUGGUGUUAAAUAAAACCAAAGAGUUUGAAGAUGCUGUUAAAAAAGUAAUUAGAGAUGUUAACUUAGACAACGACAUUGUGGUAUCAGUGUUUGAAACAAACAUUAGAGUGCUUGGAGGUCUUCUAGGUGGGCACUCAGUAGCAAUCAUGCUGAAAGAGAAAGGGGAAGUCAUGCAGUGGUACAAUGGAGAACUUCUGCACAUGGCAAAACAGUUAGGCUACAAACUGUUGCCAGCUUUUAACACUACAAGUGGUCUCCCAUAUCCAAGAAUUAAUUUAAAAUUUGGUCUAAGAAGUCCAGAAGCCCGGACAGGAACAGAGACUGAAACUUGUACAGCUUGUGCAGGAACGUUGAUUUUAGAGUUUGCUGCUCUGAGUCGUUUCACAGGGGCAUCGAUAUUUGAGGAAUAUGCCCGGAAGGCACUGGAUUUCCUUUGGGAGAAAAGGCAACGCAGCAGCAAUUUAGUAGGAGUUACUAUUAACAUUCAUACGGGUGACUGGGUCCGUAAAGAUAGCGGAGUUGGAGCAGGAAUAGAUUCGUAUUAUGAGUAUUUAUUAAAGGCCUAUGUCUUGCUUGGAGAUGACAGUUUUUUAGAAAGAUUUAACACUCAUUACGAUGCCAUAAUGAGAUACAUCAGCCAGCCGCCUCUCUUGCUUGAUGUGCACAUCCACAAGCCAAUGCUCAAUGCUCGCACAUGGAUGGACUCGCUACUAGCAUUUUUUCCGGGUUUGCAAGUACUGAAAGGUGAUAUUCGACCUGCUAUAGAAACUCAUGAAAUGCUAUAUCAGGUCAUAAAAAAGCAUAAUUUCCUUCCUGAGGCAUUUACAACAGACUUCCGGGUACAUUGGGCUCAGCAUCCCUUACGGCCAGAAUUUGCAGAAAGCACAUAUUUCUUGUAUAAAGUAAGUAAGGUUCUUCAAAUUCAAGAUAUGCUAGAUUCUAGAAAAUAGCAGGAAGCACAUUGAAAAUGAAAUGAAAUAUAUGGAGUAUCUUCUCUUUGCAGAACUCAUUUUGCCUCCUCCUUAUCUAAGAAAGCUAGAUAUGCUUGGUUGUUCAAGUCUGACUGAUGGAAAAUAUUUCUGUGAAAUUGGUUAUGCUGAAAGAUGGCAGCUAGAUGGUUGUGGGGAAAACUACUUAUUUGUUUAUUAGGAGGUGUGCUAGUUAAGUGUAAUUACUGCACUGGAAAACAAAACUUCCCCUAAUUUUAGCAGAUGCUAGGACAGCAGGAGGGGUGGUUAUCUUUAUUUCAGCAUAACUUAAGCACUGGGGUGACUGUUUUGAUGGAAGUUCUGGAUUUCUGGAAUCUUUAAUUUUAGCCUGUAGGUGGCAGAUUAUGAUUUGAGUCUGAGAAAGUUGAAACAUUUGUAAUCAACCUGCUAUUAAAAUAAAAUUUAAAUUGAUUUGAUUUGUUUUAACUGAAUGCAGAAAAUAAUUCUGGAGUGUAGUUUGUUUUUGUUGGAAGACUAUAUUUUAAAGCAUAUUGGAAUUAUGAUAAUUAGCAUGCAGUUCUGUUGAGAGUUUGUGAUACUUCCACAACAAAAAUACUUGAGAAUUUUCUUUAAAGAUACAGAAGCAGCCUCUAACUAUGGUUAUUAACAGGCUACAAUUCCUAGUAUGUUUUAGACAUUAUGACUUCAGAUCAGGGGUGGGUUUCUCGCACCGUUCCAACCGGUUCG